AAGACCAAUUCAUUAUAUUUAUUAACCAUAUACUUAUGAUUAAUUCAUUGAUCAUUUUAAAUCAUAAAACAUACCUUUGAUUAAAUCUUUUGUUCAAUUUUUCCCUUGGUUAUGAAAUAGGAGUUUGAUUUAAUGACAUUCCCAACAAAAAGUGAAAUCAACACAUCAUCGCUGCCAAGGAAGAAUUUGUGUCUCAGUGUGGUGGAACCUAAUAUUAAAGAUAAAGCGUCUUCCCAAGAACUAGACAUGAUUUUGACUCAAUAUUUGGAGUCAUUGUACCAGCGGAAAAAGUAUCAUAUAGGUUAUCCAACUAACAUGAGUUACGAGCAUCAUGCUAUUUUAGCACCACUUUUGCAAUUCUCCUUGAAUAACUGCGGAGAUCCCUUCACUCAGAGUCCUGUGGAUUUUCAUUCAAAAGAUUUUGAAAUAGCUGUUUUAGAUUGGUUUGCUCAACUCUGGGAGAUUGAGAAAGAUGAAUAUUGGGGAUACAUUACUAAUGGUGGCACUGAGGGCAAUCUUCACGGCCUUUUGGUUGGAAGAGAGCUACUUCCCGGUGGGAUGAUAUAUGCAUCAGCGGAUUCACAUUGCUCGAUCUUCAAAGCAGCUAGAAUGUAUAGAAUGGAGAUAGAAACUCUAAACACUUUAGUUAGUGGGGAGAUUGAUUAUGAAGAUUUGAGAACAAAGUUACUUCUUAACCAGAACAAACCCGCCAUCAUCAAUAUCAAUAUAGGAACAACAUUCAAAGGAGCUAUCGAUGACAUCGAUUUGGUAGUACAAGCACUUGAAUAUUGUGGUUAUUCAAAUGACAGGUAUUACAUCCAUUGUGAUGCAGCAUUGUGUGGGUUGAUUGUCCCCUUUAUCAAACAUGCAAAAACAAUUACCUUCAAGAAGCCAAUUGGAAGUAUUUCAAUAUCAGGCCACAAGUUCUUGGGAUGUCCAAUACCUUGUGGCAUUCAGAUAACAAGAAAAAGUUAUGUUAAUAGCCUCUCAAAAGUUGAGUAUAUUGCCUCCGCAGAUAUUACGAUUUCUGGUAGUCGAAAUGGCUUAGCACCGAUAUUCUUAUGGUACAAUUUAAGCAUGAAAGGACAUGCCGGAUUGAAACAGGAUUCCAAAAUGUGCAUUGAAAAUGCCCAAUAUUUGAAAGAUCGGCUUCUUAAAGAAGGAAUUAGUGCUAUGCUCAAUGAGUUCAGCUCUACCGUUGUUUUUGAACGACCUUGUGACCAUAAAUUCAUUCGUCGUUGGCAACUAUGUUACUUAAGCGGCAUGACACAUGUUGUGGUUAUGCCAGGGAUCACAAGAGAAAUCAUAGAUAGUUUUCUCAACGAUCUAAUGCAAGAGAGGAAAAAUUGGUACCAGGAUGAAACAACUCAACCUCCUUGCCUGGCAGAUGAUAUUGGUUCUCAAAACUGUCUAUGCUCCUAUCAAAAGAUGCAUUACUGAAUUUCUUAGGAGCCUGAUGUGGAAUAGUCUUGGUUAUGGAGUAUUUUUUUAUGCGGGAGUGAUUCAAUAAAAUUUGUGAUGUAAAGCCAUCUAGAGUGUUCAAAUAAAUUUUGAUGUACAAUUUGUGUGCUAUGUUUUUACGCAACA